AUGUUCGAGAAGCGCGCUGGAAAGGAUUUCGGUACCCAGAAGAUAUCAUGUGUUGGUGGAGAAGGUGCUUGUAACAAUGCUUGUUACUACAUUAAUUGCGUGGCCCCAUACGCCAACAUCCCAAAUCCAAACAGGGUCGUGUACAUCGGGCCGAAUGGCAAUAAUGGCGAGAACCAAAAGAAUCGAGAGGCAUCCGGCUGCUCUGCUGGAGGCUUUAGCCCCUGUGGUGAAUUCCCAUUUAGUCAGAAGUUCAGCGACAAGACGGCAGGUUUAGGUGAAUACCAAUGUGAUGAGUGGCCUCCUGCACUGUCCCAGCAGUUCCCAUUCGGCGACCCGAAUCGAUUGGCACCAAACAGUCUACGCUGCAUGCCAAGCGGCGAGAACGGAUCCAUCGGUGGCAAGCUGGGUGCUAUUGUAAAGAACCAGAACAUGGUCCGCGACGACUUCUUUGACGUGGAAUUCGACAUCACCGGUGCUGAUCAGAGUAAACUCAAGUUCUGCCAGCCGAAUCCUAAUCCAGGGGGUGUCUGCGGUUCCGACGGCAUGCAGUUCGAGCUCUUUGAGAAGAAGAUCCCUACCGGCAAGAUCACUAGCUACUACAACCGUGCCGGCGAUGACAACAAGUACAAGCUGUCCAACACAGUCUACGCGGAACUCUACCAGUGCAGCGUUGCCUUCACGCGCGAUGGUGACGCGACUAUCAAGGACGUCACGCUCAGUGACUGGGAAAACAAGGACACGACUCCAGUUGGGUGUAAUUUGGCUAAUGAUGGCGAUACGUGCGACUUGCAGGGCCUUCCCAACGAUCUGCAGGUGAAGCGCACCGGCAGCUUUGGUAGCAAGCUAGAGUUCGAAUACGCACCAGGCCAAGACGGCGUCAACGUUAAUUUCUUCGAUUGGGAUUCGGACAUGGAGGGCAACGGCCGUGGACCCUGGACCGACCCCGACACGGACCCGAACCGGCAACCACUACGCUUCUGCAAGGUCGUUGAUGGAAGUGCUCCAAAUACGCAGAGCUUCGAAUGCUGGUUCCCUUGCUACAAGAAUGCGGACGGCAAAUAG